AUGACAGAUGUAUUAAUUCUUUUUAAAAUUAACUCCAAGUUAUACUAUAUUACUGAAAAGAUUUCAAAAUAUUGUUUGGUAUUGAAAUAUUUGAAUAGUAAUAGCAAUAACAAUGAUGACAAUAAUACUAACAGUAACGACAAUAACUGCAGUGAAAACAAUACGGAUUCUGAAUUUAACAACACUGGUGUUAUUCAAUUAGAUAGUUCUGGCAUAUCUGACUUUGAUAAUAUAGUAAUUGAUGAAAGGAAAAUUAUAGGAACAGGCUUAAUGAAAAAUUCAGGAUUGAAAGUGUUUGUAAAACUUUCAAAAACAAUGUCAGAGAAAAUUGAUACAAUGAACUUGGUUACAACAAUUUCACACCCAAAUAUUUGUCGUAUUUAUAAGUAUGUACACACUAGCAACCGAAUCAGUGAUGUAUCCGGAUGGAAUUGUUCUAAUAUAACAAUUACAGCAAUGGAACCUUUGGAUUGUUUUGACCAUACCUAUGCCUACAAUAGCAAUAACUUUGAGUGUUUCUUGCAAAACGUUUUCAUUGGGUGCUUGAAAGGUCUUGAAUGUUUACAUUCCAAUAAUGUCGUUCACUGUGAUAUUAGUGUAAAUAAUAUUAUGUUUAGAAAUUACAAUGAACCAGUUAUUAUUGACAUGAAUAAUUCUAGUAUUAUGAAUUCUGAAUAUGCAAAAACUUGUUUACAUUUUAAACCAGACUACACCCCCACAGAUAUCAACUAUAGAUUUACUCCUACUCAUGAUCUUUAUGCUCUGGCAGUUGUUUUAAUUAAACUGAUGAUGAGACAUUCAAGACUUGUAUGCGACAAAAUGUCAUCACACAUUGUGCAAGUUGAUAUUUUGCAAUCUCAUUUUGCAUUUACAGAAAUUGAAGGUUUAUGUUCUGUUUUGAAAGACAUGAUUAAUUGUAAAUAUCAUUCGGCAACAAAAUGCCUUGAAGAUGUUAAUAAUGAGUUGAAGAAAAGUAAUGACAAUUAA